AUGCAGCAGCCUCGCGAAGCAGCGCUGAACCGUCUUCCUGCUGCACCACACAUCGCGCAUCCCGACGCGCCCACGGCCAGCCCAUCGCAGCCGGACUACCAGGUUCUCGGACUUCGCCGAGCUGCGCUAUUACCAGGCCUGGGCCUGGUCGUGCAGCGCAAGCACGAGGACGGCCACAUCUGCAACGCCGGCGUCGAGCGCCGCAAGAAGGUGCUCAAGAGCUUCUGCAACGCCUUCGUGGCCAUGGCGCUCAGCAGCAAGACGGAGCCCCACUCGAGAGACGCCGCGUGUGACGGCUGUCAGGCCAUCCCGCACCUCGUCGUGUGCUUCCUGCGCAGUUUAGCGGAGGAGGAAAAGGAGGCUCUGCGUCAUCCAUCGUUGUUUUCACUCCGUCGUCGUUCCAGUCUAUUAACUCUAUAA